AGGUUGUCCUGCCUUGGUUCAGAGCUGGUUCUCUCUUGCAUGCGAAACCCUGAACAUGAAGCUGUUAUCGAUGAUUCUGGCCCUGUUUGUGGCCCUAGCAGGCUUGGUGACCCUGACCAGUGGCAUGCCUGAGGCUAUCCCUAACCCCGUGGCUGACCCCGAUCCCUUCAAAUACAAAGGCGGCGGAGGAUUCUACGGAGGAGGAUUCCGAGGGGGAUAUGGAGGCUACAGGGGGCAUGGCUACGGAGGUUUCAGGCGGGGCUACGGAGGCUACGGAGGCUAUGGAGGCUACGGAGGCUACGGCUUCGGCAAGAAGCAUUUCGGGUAAAGCCUCCAGUUGUCUCGAUUGCCUCAUAAAUGGGCUUUCCCUGCAGACGACACUAAAAACUGAAAUUCAUAUUGACUGUAUCUUUGAUCCGGAAAAUAAAUCAUACAAACUGA